UGGUCUGCAUAAAUAAAUACUUAACAAAAAUUUUAAAUUUACUCGUAUUCAAAGUAUUAUCGCUUUGUGACUAACUCGAAGCCAAAAUAAACAGGAGUGAAAUGCAACUUACUGGAUAAGAAAACAUUUGAAAGCAUUGGGAGCUAAUGCAUAGAACAUAACUAACAGCUGUCGGUUUUAAAUUCAAAAUUUUGAAUUUCAUUAGAAUGAAAAACUACUAGUUCUGAGCAUAGAAGAGCAUGUAAAUAUUCUAGCCAGAGGGCAAUUUCGGCGAAAAAGUUCAAACGAGUUCAUUGAAUAUUCAUUUCUGGCCUAUUACGUGUAUUCCACCGGCUGGCCAAGAAUUCCACCUUAAGUGCGCGCUCGUGUGGAUACAGAUACAAAUACAAAAACAUAAUCAGAUACACAGACAGUAGAAACACAGCAUCUCAGCAUCCCCAAAAAAACGAUUUACGCCCUCAGUUUCAGUACGCUCCUAACAAGCAGACGCUAAGCAACAGAAAUUUGUUUCGGGGUCGUGUGUCUGUUUCUAAUCAAUUAAAAAUAUGCCAAAUAGAGGAAAUCUUCCUGUGGCAUUAUGUAUUAUGGUUUUUGGCCUAUUUGUGGUCGUUGGACCUAUGCCGGCCUUUGGAGCUGUGGCCAACAGCCAUAGCCAUAAGCAUGAGAAGCAAUCGAGCAAGGAGCGAGUGAAAGAUGGUAUCUAUGUUCCCAGAGACGCCCAUCAUCAUGGCGAACAAGGCGAGCAUAAUGUGGAGUUCGAUCAUGAGGCGAUCAUAGGUAACACAAAAGAGGCACAGGAAUUCGAUACGCUGACACCGGAGGAGUCGAAAAGACGUUUGUUGAUUCUCAUCAAAAUGAUGGACUUGAAUAAGGACGAAUUUAUUGAUCGGCAUGAAUUAAAAGCAUGGAUAUUAAGGUCUUUUAAAAAACUAUCUGAAGAAGAGGCAGCAGAUCGUUUUGAUGAAAUCGAUCAGGAUCAAGAUGAGAAAAUCACAUGGAAAGAGUAUUUACAAGACACAUAUGCCAUGGAAGAUGAGAAUUUUAAAAAGGAAACCAUUGAUUUUGAAUCCUACGAAGAGGAACAGCAAAUGAUAAAGCAAGAUAAGGAAAUGUUCAAUGCCGCCGAUAUCAAUAAAGAUGGCGUCUUACAUUUAGAAGAAUUCAUAUUGUUCCAAAAUCCUGAAGAGCAUCCCCAAAUGUUGCCCAUUCUAUUGGAACACACCAUGAAGGACAAGGAUACAAAUCAGGAUGGUAAAAUUGAUUUUAAAGAAUAUGUUGGCGAAUCAGCUGGUCAGCAUGAUAAGGAGUGGUUAAUUACUGAAAAAGAACGCUUCGACAAGGAUCACGAUGCAAAUGGCGAUGGAGCUCUAACAGGCAAUGAAGUCUUAUCCUGGGUUGUGCCCAGCAAUACGGAAAUUGCCAUCGAUGAAGUCGAUCAUUUGUUUGUGUCCACCGAUUUGGAUCACGAUGAUCGUUUGUCGUAUUUGGAAAUUCUAAACAAUUAUGAUACAUUUGUCGGCAGUGAGGCCACCGACUAUGGCGAUCAUUUGCAGAAUAUAAAUCACUUGACCGACGAACUGUAAAACUGAAAACUAAAAACUUAAAAAUUCAUAUCCGAGAGAAAAUUAAUUAUAUAUAAUAUGUACUUUCAUUCUUUAGUUACUUACACAAAAAAAAACACAUAUACCUAUAUAGUUAGCGAAUUUAUGUUUAAUGUUUUAUUAAUUGUAAAUUACACAAAUUUUUCACAAAAUGAAUAAUGCUAAUUAGGUUUUU